AUGAUAUGGAACGUGCAAGGGGCAGGAAAUUCGAAUUUUGUCUCUGCUUUAAAAGAGGCAGUUCGAUUAAAUAAACCUAAUGUGUUAACCUUGGUUGAAACACAUAUGGGAGGAGAGCAAGCAAGUAGAAUUGCUAAUAUUCUUGGUUAUAAUGGUCAUGAGAGGGUGGAUGCUAUGGGCUUUAGUGGGGGAAUUUGGGUAUACUGGAAACCUGAGAUUGUCACUAUUAACCCCAUCUUGAAGCACAGACAACACAUUACAAUGGAGAUCACUCGAGUUGGAGCCACUCCUUGGUAUUUCUCAGCCAUCUAUGCUAGUCCGGAUCCUAUAAAAAGAAGAGAACUGUGGGAUGAACUGAAAUCCUUUGCUUCAACCCACAAUAAACCUUGGCUAAUAGCCGGUGAUUUCAAUGACACAAGAUUCCCAUCUGAACGUAAUAAAUCUUGCCAUGAAACCAAUCGUAGAUCAGCUUUGUUUAAUAACUAG